AUGGAUCAAGUCGAUAGCAAAUCGAGUACAGAUAUUCAACAGCAUACAUUAUGUGAAAUGAUCGAACAACACAUAAGUAAUGAUUUAUCAUUUCAAUAUUCAGCUAAUUAUUCAGAUCGAUUUAUUCAACAAAAUUGUAAUGAAGAUAUUUCUAUGAUACAAUCAUCAAAUAUAGAACAUGAACAAAAUGAAAAUGAACAACUAUCAAUGCCUAUGAUAUAUAAAAAACGUAUACGAACAAAAUUUAGUCAAGAACAGUUAAACCUACUCGAAUCUACUUUUCAACAACAUCGUUAUCCAACUGUUGAUAUUGUUGAUGAUCUUGUUGAACAACUUAAGCUACCUACACAAAAAAUAACGAUUUGGUUUCAAAAUCGUCGAGCUCGUUUAAAAAAAAGUCAACAAAAAUUUGAUGAUCAAUAUUCUUUUGAUAAAGAUAAUCAACAACAAUACGAUAGUGGAAUUCAUUUGGAUGAUGAUGUCUCGCAUGAGUCUUCAAUAAGUCCUCCAGCUAAUUCAUUACUCCAAUUGCCACCACCACCACCACCACCAUUUAUCACUCCACAUCCAUCGUAUUAUUUGCCUCAUUCUCAUCAUUCGUUUUAUAAUUCAAUGUGGUCAAAUUUUCGUUAUCCUUUUCCAACAAGUUCCUUUCCACCGGCAACGCUUGAUGCUACUAGUAUACCAUAUAACCUAAUGAAUUAUAAUACGUCUGAAAUAUCUUCACCAUUUGUUUUUCAAAAUAUGAGCAAUUAUCAACAUCACAGAGAAUUUAACGACCAACUAUAA